AUGGUUGAUUUCCUAGCGGCAUUUCCACUGCCACAACAUGCCCAACAACAGGAAACAGAACAGCCUGAACAAGAGGAUACCGUAGGAAUGGCAGCUGCUACUAAUAAUAAUGAUGCUUACUUGGAACCAAUUCCGCUCAAUGAUACUGGUGGCAACAAUGACAAAGUGUUGGGGUUAAUGGCUGAUGCCGAAGACGAGCUCUUUAUGGACUUGAGGGAUGAUAAACGCAACAGUGCCAUCGUUAAGGAAAAUAAUGCACUGAAGCAUUUCGAUUGCUUCAGCAAGUUGCGAGCGGACAAAGCGGCACUACUUUCAUAG